AUGGAGCGCGGCCGGGCACCGCCGUGGAGGGGAGCCUGGAUCCUGGUGCUGCUGCCGGCGCUGGCGGGGGGGCAGCCGCUGGCGGCCGGCGAGGCGGCCUACGAGGAAUGGCGGGCGACGGGCGUGCGAGGCCGGGCGGUGGAGCUGAGCUGCGGGCCGCCGGCCGCAGCCCCGCCAGCCGUGGUCUUCUGGAGCUUCACGCCCCAGGGAGAGGGGCUCCCACGGGCCGUGGCCGUGGGCUCGGGCAGGGAGGUGGCCGUGGCCCCUGGCACGGGGGCGCUGGGCCGGGUGACGCUGCGCAACGGGACGCUGGAGCUGCGGGAGCUGCGGGUGGCUGCCCAGGGCCGCUUCCUCUGCCAGGGGCUCUUCCCAGAGCGGGGCCGGCUCCGUGUGGGCUAUGCCGCCGUCCUCCUGCGGGUCCUGGUGCCUGUGUCCAAGCCCUUCGUGCGGCCGACGGCGGCGGCGGCAGCGGAGGGGGCAGCGGUGGCCCUGACGUGCACCGUGCGGGAGGGGACGGAGCCGCUGAGCUUCUCCUGGCAGCACCAGGAGCCCCGGGGCGGGCCCUCAGUGACCCCUGCGGGGCUGGGGGGCUCCAGGGCAGAGCUGCAGCUCACACCUGCCAACCGCAGCCACACGGGCUGGUACGUCUGCACUGUGCACAACGAGGUCAACAACCGCACCAGCGACCCCGUCUACCUGGACAUCGUCUACGGCCCUGACGAGCCGGCCAUCCGUGUGGAGCCCUUCUCCCCCGAGCAGGGGGGCUUCUCGGCGGGCGAGCGGGAGGACGUGGUGCUGAGCUGCCUGGCUCCCUCCAACCCCCCCAGCCGCUAUGUCUGGCUGCACAACGGCUCCCAGGUGCACAUUGGCCAGACCUACGUCAUCCCUGCCAUCGCCCGCGCCCAGGCGGGCACGUACACCUGCCUGGCCGAGAACAGCCACCUGCAGACGCGCACCCAGGCCACCAUCGUCCUCACUGUCUACUAUCCGCCAGCCGGGAGCCCCAGCUGCUCUGCCCUGGCCUCCGAUGAUCAGCGGGAUGUGGCCCUGCGGUGCCGCUGGCUGGGGGGCUUCCCCCUGGCCCGGCUGCGCUGGGUGGGCCCCCAGGAGGAGGAGGAGGAGGAAGAGGGGUUGAUGGGGAGCAGUUUUUCCAUGGCCACCAGGAUCCAGUCAGGGGCAGCCACCAGGAACGGCAGCUCCUUCUCCUGCCUGGCCUCCCACCCCGCGCUGCCACUGGGGGCUGCAUGUGGGACCACCCUGUGGGUCCCGCCUGGCAGCCCCCGCUGCGCGGCGGCGGCCACCAAGGGUGACGAGUACGUGAUGCUGCGGUGCGGCUGGCAGGGCGGCACGCCGCCCGUCACCCUGCGCUGGCGGGACAGCGCUGGCCGCGCCCUGGGCGACCCCGCGGCCUCCCUGGCCGUGCUGGUGCUGGGCACCGACGGCAGCCUGGCGGGCCGGGAGUUCGUGUGCGCGGCCGCGCACCCGCUGCGGGCCGCUGCCGCCGAGUGCCGCCUGCGGCUCGGUAAGCCGGCCCCGUCCCCAGCGUGCCGCGGCGGGGUGGCAGUGCCGGCCCACAGUGUCCCCCCUUGUCGCCGAGCAGAGGUCCCCGAGCUGCAGGCGGAGAGCGAAGUGGCGGUGCUGGAGGGCGGCGAGGCGCAGCUGGCGUGCCGGCAGCGCGGCAGCAGCGCCGGGCUCGGGGCCACGGUGGCUUGGUACGACCCAAAGGAGCGGGAGGUGACGGCGGGGCUGGCCAAGUACCAGCUGGAGCAGGGAGAAGCGUGGGUCAACCUCACGGUGCGGGAUGCCGAGUGGCCGGGGGACAGCGGGAUCUACCGCUGCACCGCCACCAACGCCGUGGGCACCGCCAGCCUCCCCGUCCGCCUCCGCGUGGACCGGUACCCAGCCCCGCCCAACGUCACCAUCAGCAAGCUGCGGUACACGCGGGCGCGCACCGAGGUGCGGCUGGAGUGGCGGACGCAGGGCGCCGGCAACCUCACCGGCUUCGUGGUGCAGCGGCGCCAAACCAAGAAGCCCCUCCGGGAGACCGCCAGCCCCUGGGAAACAGCCGCCGGCGACAUCGAGCCGCACUCCCGCGACCGGCGCCUGGGGGGGCUGGACCCCGCGGUGCUCUAUGCGUUCCGCGUGCUGGCCGUCAACCACCGCACGGCCGGGCACCCCUCCGAGGUGCAGACGCCAGCCGAGCCUCCCUUCGAGGCCUACCCGGCGGUGACGGGGGCGGCGGUGGCGGGGAUGCUGGUGGCCAGCGCAGCCUCGCUGCUGGCCGUGCACUGCAUCGCCCGCCACCGGGAGACCCUGCCGCGGCUGCACGACCUGCUGUUCCGCACGUGAGUGCCCAGACCCCUCUGCCCCCGCCCCGUGCCCGGCACCAGCGAGCCCCCGGUGUCCCCCAGGGCCGCUCCCGGCGCCCAGGAGCCCGUGGGCACGGCGGAGGAUGCUGGAGCAGCCGCGGGCGGGGAGGAGGAAGCAGGGCCAGCCCAGGGAGACUCGUGUGCCUCGGGCACGGCCGCAGGUACGGGAGCAGCCCCAGCAC